ACAGAAGAGUUUCAUAAUCAGCCACUUCUUUGCUCUCUGAGCGCAGAAGAAGUUUAAACUCAGGAAAGCUCAGCAGGAAGCUGAAAAUGUCCGUUUAUGAUGAAGUGACUCUCUGGAGCUUUAUGUUCCUUCUGGCAGGUGCUGUGGGUCAAACUGUGAUCUAUCCUUUCACGUCUACCUGUGCCGUCAAACGAUCGACUCUCACCCUCCUCUGCAGCUUCACUCCACUGAAGUCCUUCAAUGAAGGUGGAAGAGAAGUUCCACUAAAGAUCGUCAGAGUCCGCUGGUGUCAGAACCAUGAACUCUGUCAGGGCACCACCCCGUCUGUGUAUGACAGUAAAUCAACAAAAAACGACCCUCGUUAUCAAUACCUGGGAGACAUGAAGACAAACUGUACUUUACAGAUCAGAGAUGUUCAGGAGAGAGACAACAGAACCUUUCGCUUCAGGAUGGAGGCUGAUAAUGCUGCAGGACAUUAUACUAACAGGACAGGAGUGAAUGUCAGAGUUGUUGCUGGAACCAAAAUGAGAAUAAUCAGCUCCAGUGAGGAUAAAAAGUUCAGAGGAAAUGAAACCGUCACACUGCUCUGCACUUCAGUCUGCACUUUCCACCAACUGGAGGUCACCUGGUUCAAAGAUGGCCACGCCCUCUCAGAGACUGGCCUCUCCCUCCACCUCGGCCCUCUGACUGCAAAGGAUUCUGGGAACUACACCUGUGCUCUGAAGGCCAACCAGAAUACUCUCUCUGAGCCGUACAGCCUGCAGGUGGAGGCAGGAGCUGAUGUUAACCUGCCUCUGAUAGUCGGUGUGGUGUUUGGAGUCCUGCUGGCUGUGAUCACGCUCAUACUCAUACUCUUCAUCAUCAAAAGGAAGCUGGCAGCAGCAGAGGAUCAGAGCGCUGCAGGAGGUGAGAUGGAGCAAAAGCACCCUGAUCAGACCUACAGUAUCAUCAUGAAGCCUGCAAAGCCAGAAGAAGAAGAAGAAGCUCAUCAACAGGGAACCAGCCAAGCUGUGGAGGACAUCAGCUACGCUGCCGUCCAGUUCAAACCUAAGAAGCAGAAGAGCAGGCACAUGGAGGACGCUGAUGAAGCCGUUGUCUAUUCUUCGUUAGCCAGUCGAGGCUGAACUGCAUCUCACUUCCUCCCUCAAACCUCAAAUCAAACACAACAGGAGAAGCUGCAGGAAGCUCUGAACCUGGAGCUUUGUGUUGCUUUCAUGAAGUUGCAGCUCCAGCCUGAUUUUCAUACAGAAAAACAUUUACAGAGAUGAACCAAUAGUAUAUCUCCAAAGGCUCUCUGGUGAAGACCACCCACACACUAAAGUGGAUAAAGUCAUAAAUGCAGCUUUACGUCUGUUUCAGCCUCCGUCCAGACUGAAGUGGUGUUGUUCUGCUCAUGCCUGGAAUAUUCCCUCUGGGGUCCCACGAGGAUAAUAAUUAGUUGCUGGCCUCCUACAUAAUCUGCACUAGACUCUCUACUUAUUAUACAUUCAUUAUUUUCCCAGGCAUCUGGAACCAACCAGGACUUUGAAACUUGAUGUUUGGCACUGAGUAAAGGACCCCUCAUAGUUUCUCUUUGUGCCAACUGUGAGUCUGUAAGUGUGAAAACACCCUGCUUAAUGUCUUGAAACAGCUGUUUGUUGUGA